UGUCCCCACGGGCCACGUCGCCAAGUUCUCCUCGGUUCCUCCGCAUCCGCCGCACGCUUCCCCCCGCGCCUCCCCAGCAGCCGUCGCCGCGACCGCGAGAGCGUACCACCGCGCUGUGCUCAGUCCGUCCUCUUCUCUCUGCACUCCCCGCGAAGCUCCAGCAGUGGCGAUCAGCUGAAUCCGAAGACCAUGGAAGUGGUGGCGUCGGCGCCCGGGAAGGUGCUCAUCGCUGGGGGCUACCUCGUGCUGGAGCGCCCGAACGCCGGCCUCGUCCUCAGCACCACCGCCCGAUUCUACGCCGUCGUCCGCCCCCUCCGCGACAGCCUCCCCGCUGACUCCUGGGCCUGGGCAUGGACGGAUGUCAAAGUGGCUUCCCCUCAGCUCUCCCGGGAGGCCACAUACAAGCUGUCCCUGAAGAAAUCGACGCUGCAAUUGACGUCUGCAAGGGAAUCUGCAAACCCUUUUGUGGAGCAGGCCAUACAGUUCUCCGUAGCAGCCGCUAAAGCGACCAUUACUGACAAGGAGAGGAAGGAUGCGCUAGAUAAGCUGCUGUUGCAAGGUGUGAGCAUUACGAUUCUGGGUUGCAAUGACUUCUAUUCUUAUAGAAAGCAGAUUGAAGCACGUGGUCUGCCUCUUACUCCGGAGGUAUUGCUUUCAUUGCCUCCAUUCUCUUCAAUUACAUUUAACUCAGAAGUUGCUAAUGGAACAAUGACUGGAGAAAAAUGUAAACCUGAAGUAGCCAAAACUGGACUUGGGUCAUCGGCUGCCAUGACCACAUCAGUUGUUGCAGCUCUUCUUCACUAUCUUGGUGCUAUUGACCUUUCAUGUCCUGGACAAUCUUCCAGUGAUGGUUCAACUGGACGAGAUCUUAACCUGGUUCAUGCUAUUGCCCAAAGUGCACAUUGUAUAGCACAAGGGAAAAUUGGAAGUGGUUUUGAUGUUAGUGCUGCUGUCUAUGGGAGUCAGCGCUACAUAAGGUUCUCUCCAGAAAUACUCUCCUCAGCUCAGGCUACAGGUGGGACUUGCUUGCCGGAUGUAGUAUCAGAUAUUGUUACACGAAGGUGGGAUCAUGAGAAUACACAAUUUUCAUUGCCUCCUCUGAUGACCCUUCUCCUUGGGGAACCUGGAACUGGAGGAACAUCUACUCCAUCAAUGGUUGGAUCUGUGAAACGGUGGCAGAAGUCUGACCCUGAGAAAUCCAAAGAUACCUGGAGUAAGCUGGGAAUUGCCAAUUCAGCGCUGGAGAACCAACUGAGAAUCUUAAAAAAACUUUCUGAACAGCACCAGGAGGCAUAUGAAUCCGUAGUGCGGUCCUGUAGUCGUCUCGCAUAUGGGAAGUGGACAGAGGUGGCUACUAACCAACAUCAAGAAGUAAUCGUUAGAUCACUGCUGGGUGCAAGGGAUGCUUUCCUUGAGAUCAGGCUUCAUAUGCGUGAGAUGGGCAUAGCAGCCGGUGUUCAAAUUGAGCCAGAGUCACAAACAAAACUACUAGAUGCCACUAUGAAUAUGGAGGGUGUUCUACUAGCUGGAGUCCCCGGAGCUGGUGGCUUUGAUGCAGUUUUUUCAGUGACUUUGGGUGAUGCAAGUAAUGCUGUAGCAAGUGCCUGGAGCUCAGUUGGCGUUCUGCCACUUCUUGUUCGAGGAGACCAUCGGGGUGUUUCCCUGGAAGAUGCUGACCCAAGAACAAGGGAGGUGUCAGCAGCUGUAUCAUCCAUUCAAAUUAAUUGAUACUACUGUUAAUAAAUUCCGUUUAAGUAAGGUGUAACAUUAAUAUCUCUUCAUUGAGAAGUACCCAAUUAUGCCAAAUAAGUGCUGCACUUGCAGCAAGAUAGCGCAUUGUUCAAAGGGACUGUCCGUGAGUGUAGAAAAUAAGAAAUUUUAGAGAUUUCCAUGGAUUUGGUAGUGCCUGUAGCUAUGGAAUGUACGAGACGAAAUGUCAAGCUAUUUGAAUAAAUUCAUACCAAAGACCGUACUGUAA